AUGGAUGAAGAAUACGAUGUCAUCGUCUUGGGUACCGGUCUUACCGAGUGUAUCCUCUCAGGAUUGCUCUCCGUAGACGGUCAAAAGGUACUUCACAUGGAUAGAAACGAUUACUAUGGUGGUGACAGUGCUUCCUUAAAUCUGACUCAGCUCUAUCAAAAAUUCCGUAACUCUCCACCACCCGAAGCUCUCCAACUAGGUCGAGACCGAGAUUACGCUGUCGACCUUAUCCCCAAAUUCAUCCUUUCCUCUGGUGAACUCACUCGAAUGCUCGUUCAUACCGACGUCACUCGAUAUCUCGAAUUCAAAGUUAUCGCCGGAUCGUACGUCUACAGAGAUGGUAAAAUCUCCAAAGUGCCCAGCUCCGAAAUGGAGGCUGUCAUGUCCCCCUUGAUGGGCUUCUUCGAGAAGAGGAGAGCUCAGAAGUUCUUCUCGUAUUUGCAAUAUUGGAAAGAGGAUGAUCCAGCCACCCAUCAAGGAUUUGAUGUCAACAAAAGCAGUAUGAAGGAACUAUACGCCAAGUUCGGCUUGGAAGCUGGUACUCAAGAUUUCGUCGGUCACGCUAUGGCCUUAUGGCUUGACGAUGACUACAUCACCAAACCGGCUCGGCAAACUAUCGAUCGAAUAAUCCUCUACACUCAAUCAAUGGCACGAUACGGUAAAUCACCCUACAUCUACCCAUUGUACGGAUUGGGUGAACUCCCCCAGGCUUUCGCUAGAUUAUCAGCCAUCUACGGUGGUACAUACAUGUUAGAUAAGAAGAUCGAGUCUGUCAAUGUCGAUCCUGAGACCGGAUAUUUCACGGGUGUGACCUCAGGGGGUGAGACUGUGAAAGCUAAGAAAGUCAUUGGUGAUCCCUCGUAUUUCGGUGCGGGACAAGAUCCAACCGAAGGUGGGAAAUUGAGAGUGGUGGAGACCGGGAAAGUCAUUAGAGCGAUUUGUAUUCUGAAACAUCCCAUACCUGGUACAGAUAAUGCGGAUUCAGCACAGAUCAUUAUUCCUCAAAACCAAGUUGGUAGAAAGAAUGAUAUCUACAUCGCUGCUGUCUCUUCGGCGCACAACGUCGCUGCUCCAAAUGUCUGGAUCGCCAUCGUCUCUACCAUUGUUGAGACUUCUGUUCCAGAAAGGGAGAUUUUACCCGGUUUACAAUUAUUAGGCAAUGUCGUUGACAAGUUCAUUUCCAUCACUCCACUUUACGCGCCAACUUCCUCAGGAACCAACGAUAAUAUCUUCAUCACCAAAUCGUACGAUGCAACUUCGCACUUUGAGACUGUCGUCGAGGACGUAUCGGACGUCUGGCAAAGGGUUAAAGGGGAGAAAUUGGUGUUGAAGAAGAGAGAAACUGAGAUUGAAGCGUAA